UUUUAGAUGUUUUCUUUUAGUAUAGUUUACAGAGAGACAUAUAUUAUAUGUUCCUUCUUUUUUAUGGUUACUUACACAGACUGUGAUGAGGCGAUGAGAGAUUUUCCCAACUAGCUAGAGCUUAAUAAAAAUUGUUGAUUUGACCAUAAAAAAAUGCGAGCAUUACAACAAUCUCACUAAAACAAUCCUAAAUUCCAAAUGACCAGUAGAAUUAGUUCCUGUUUUGAAAAUUUUAAGGUCCCGUAUAUCCACAAAUAGUUCCUGUUUUGAAAAUUUCAUCCUACUAAAAGUUGUAGAUCUUGAAAAGUUAUGCGAAAUGAAAAAAAAAAUCGCAUCGAUCGGAUACCCAAAUGCAAAGUUACGUUCGUUUGAAGUUUCGGCCGAAGUUAGGAGUUGAUCGAAAAGAAAAAAAUUUUUGGACCAAACCGCUGGGUGGGGUGGCGGUUUUGGGUUAAACCGCCACCCCACCUAGCGGUUUGGUCCAAUUUUUUUUUAUAACCGCCUCCUAGGCCCGCGGUUUGCAUAGAAAACCGCGCCCCCGACAAACGGUUUUCGUGUAAACCGCAGGAUGGGGUGGCGGUUUUUGAAAAAGGGUGGUAUUUUUGGAAUUUUUUGGGAUUGGGUGGUAUUUUUGGAUUUUUUUUUUAACAGUGUUACUUUUGGAUUUUUUCCUAAGAAAUCCGGGUUUUCAGGAAAAAAUCCCAAAGUACACACGUUCUUAAAAAAAAUUCCCAAAAUACAUGAGUUAUAAAAAAAUUUCCCAAAGUACACAUGUUUGAGCAUCACCGUUUUAGACAAACGCGGUGAAGAUCAUCACCGCGUUUGACAAACACGGUGAAUACUUCAUCGUUUUAAACAAAAACGGUGAAGUAUUCACCGUUUCAAACCAAAACGGUGAAGUUUUCACCGCGUUAAUUAACAACGGUGAACACAUCACCGUUUUGGUCAAAAACGGUGAAGCCUUCACCGUUGUUAACUAACGCGGUGAUCAUUUCCCACGUUUCCCACCCCUGGUAGGUCAAAAUUAGGUCGCAGCUACCACCUAUUCACCGUCUAAGACAAACGCGGUGAUAGUGUUCACCGUUUUUGACAAAAACGGUGAAUAGUAGGCAGAUUUUCCUAUAAAUAGCACACCACCAGCAGUUGUAAAAACAUAACCACUCCCCUUUCUUCAAAUUUCAGCAGCCAAAAUCGAGCAUAAUACACAGAACAGAAAUUUUUCGGUAUGUUGAGACUUUUCGUAUUAUGGUCUAAUUAUGUUUUUAGUAGUUAUAGUAUGAUUUAAUUUUCGUAUUAUGUUGUUGUUAGUUAGUUGAACUUAUGUUCGUUAGUUAUAGUAUGAUUUAAUUUUCAUAUUAUGUUGUUGUUAGUUAGUUGAACUUAUGUUCGUUAGUUAUAGUAUGAUUUAAUUUUCGUAUUAUGUUGUUGUUAGUUAGUUGAACUUAUGUUCGUUAGUUAUAGUAUGAUUUAAUUUUCGUAUUAUGUUGUUGUUAGUUAGUUGAAUUUAUUUUCGUUAGUUAUGGUAUGAUUUAAUAUUAGUUGUACAAUAUGAUUUUGAUUAAUUUUACUGUCUUUAAGCUAAUAGAUACUUAUUGUAAAUUGUAGAUAUGGGUAAAUUCAAGAAGUUUCAUCUUACUAUUCGGUGGAAUGGAAGGGUGACAAACUCUGACAUAGGCAUUGAUUAUGAGGACGGCGAAUCCAUUAUGCUGAAAAUUGAAUCCCGAUUCAAUUUUCAAGAACUCUAUGAUCUUUGUGCAGAAAGGGUUUGUACGAGCGGACAGACGAGACUUGGCAAAAUUACUUACCGGUAUCCAGACAUGAGUGCUGGCGGGGUCGUGUUCCAAGAAGUUGUCAUAAACGAUGAUGACGCGGUUAUGAUGAUGUUACAGUUCCUAAGCGAUAACCAAGUCCGGCUUGCAGAGGUGUAUGUUGAGACCGAGGCGCUCGGUGAAUCUCAUUCUCACCAGUAUUCUUAUGAUGAUGGUUUUGCAGGAGGGUACGAAUGGGGUGGUAGUUCGAGCAACUACCAAGGCGGUGGUUAUACAGGAGGUUACGGGGAGGGUGGUGGUUCAAUCAACUACGGUGGAUCGAGUAGUGCAGGAUGGGACCAAUACUCGCAACCUCCUAAACCAGCCCCAUUUGUUGAGGCCGAUGGUGUUCAAUGGCCUGCUUGGGGGCCAGAGUGGUAUGGAAUCGAGAAUACCAUUCGAUCAGGGCGUACUUCACAUGAGCGAGAGGACGAUGUUGGUGAUCGUGGUCAUGUUGAUCCUUCUAGCUCGAGCUAUCCAUUCGAGUCAAGCGACGAGGAUACUGAGGAAGAUUUGAUAUCAGUGAGCGAGGAGGAGGAAGAUACUGAUGAUAACGAGGAUGAGGCGGCAUUUCGUGAGGCACCCACGCCAUAUUACACACAGGUUCCAACUCAAUUUUUACAUAGUCAGAAUGAUCCCCCCGACUUUGUCCCUAUGCCAGUGUACAAUCCGACGGCCAAUCUGGAGGUGGGUAUGGCGUUCACAUCGAAAGACGCUGUGCAGGAUGCAUUUACAGAAGAGGCGUUGAGGCGCAAUUUCGAGUGGAAGGUAAAAAGUUAAAUUGGGCUAAGUACGGAAUAAAUUCAAUUUAAAUCU